AUGUGGAAUGAUGAAUUGGAUUGUUGGAUGCAGGCUAAGUUGGGGUUUUUGGCUUCGAGGGAGCAUUGGCCCGCUACCAUGAGUUUAUAUCAACAGUUACGGUCGAAUGAGUUGGAGAUCUUAGCUGCUCUAGGGUUGCAUUUUGUGGGCAGGUGGCCGAGGAUUCGAGCUCAUACUACGAUGAUGAUGGCUUUAGUUGAGAGGUGGGAUAGUAGAUAUAACACCUUUCAUCUACCUACUAGCGAGGCGACAGUGACUCUUAUGGAUGUACGAAGGAUCUUGAAGAUCCCCAUUCGCGAUGUCAUCCUAGAGUACCAUUUAGAUGUAGCAGAUUUUUAUCUGCGGGAGGUUUGCGAGUAUGAGACCUUGCCGAUGCUGGACAGGAGUAGGAUGCAUUUGGGUAGGGCGAUGGGUAUUCGACAUAUUCCUCAUGUGGUACUGGUGAUUUGUGGAUUUUUUAGCAGACGAAUUAUACCGGAUCUCAAAGGGCAUGGAUUUCCUGUUGGAUGGAGAAAGUGUCUUUAUUUUAUGGUACAUGAUGGCGUGCAGUAUGCCUGGGGAGCCGCAAUGUUGGCUCAGUUAUAUCACGAUAUGCAUCUGGUAGUGUACAGGGAGUAUGCUAGCCUGUCUGUGGGAGUGACACUUCUCCAUAUCUGGGCUUGGGAGCAUAUUGCGGUUACUCGGCCACUAGGUGUACAUGAUAGGCAGGGUCGUCGGCCAUAUAUAGACAGGUACAGGGACCUACUACAUUACACCUAG